GGCCAUCGCGCACUUCUGCUCGCUCUUCCGCACCGCCUUCCGCCUGCCCGACUUCGAGAUCGAGGAACUGGAAGCUGCUCUUCACGGGGAUGAUGUGGAGUUUAUCAGUGACCUGAUCGCCUGCCUUCUUCAGGGUUGCUAUCAACGCAGGGAUAUCACAUCUCAGACGUUUCACAGCUACCUUGAGGACAUCAUCAACUACCGCUGGGAGUUAGAGGAAGGGAAACCUAACCCCCUACGGGAAUCCACCUUCCAGGAGCUGCCACUUCGCACCCGCGUGGAGAUCCUGCAUCGUCUCUGUGACUAUCGGCUUGACGCAGAUGAUGUCUUUGACCUCCUCAAGGGUUUGGAUGCAGACAGCCUCCGAGUUGAACCACUGGGUGAAGAUAGCAAUGGCGCCCUCUACUGGUAUUUCUAUGGCACUCGCAUGUACAAAGAGGAGCCAGCACAGGCGAAACCUAAUGGAGAGCUGGCUUUGGACAGGGGAGGUGGGGGACAGACGAACACCCCAAAUAUUCCAGGGAAAACUGGCAAGAGACGGGGGCGGCCUCCAAAGCGAAAAAAACUGCUGGAGGAGAAUUUAUUGAGGGAGAAGGCAGAAGAGAACUUUCUCAUGCAUGAGACACAGAUGAGAAAUGGAUCCCAGGGCCCAGGCCGUGGGACAUGGUGGCUGCUGUGUCAGACAGAAGAGGAAUGGAGACAGGUCACAGAGAGCUUCAGAGAGCGGACCUCCCUAAGAGAACGGCAGCUCUACAAACUCCUGAGUGAGGAUUUCCUUCCUGAGAUCUGCAACAUGAUUGCCCAGAAAGAAAAGCGUCUGCAGCGGACAGAGUUUUCUCCCAGGUGGAUGUCUGACCACCAGCCCAUCAAACCAAUCCAGCAGGAGGCAACUCCAAGUGUCCUCAGUAGGAUGGAGAAACAGAAGCGCAGGGAGGAAGAGGAGGAGCGCCAAAUCCUUCUAGCUGUGCAGAAGAGGGAGCAGGAACAGAUGCUGAAAGAAGAGAGGAAGAGGGAGAUGGAAGAGAAGGUGAAAGCUGUGGAAGAACGAGCCAGGCGGAGGAAGCUUCGAGAAGAGCGGGCUUGGCUGCUGGCCCAGGGGAAGGAGCUUCCCCCAGAACUUUCCCACUUGGAUCCCAGUUCCCCUACUAGGGAUGAAAGGAGGACCAAGGAUCUCUUUGAAUUGGAUGAUGAAUUCACUGCCAUGUACAAAGUUCUGGAUGUGGUAAAGGCUCACAAGGACUCUUGGCCCUUUUUGGAACCAGUCGAUGAAUCGUAUGCUCCAAACUACUACCAAAUCAUUAAGGCUCCCAUGGACAUCUCCAGCAUGGAGAAGAAGUUGAAUGGAGGUCAGUACUGCACCAAGGAGGAGUUUGUGGGUGACAUGAAGACCAUGUUCAGGAAUUGCCUCAAGUACAAUGGGGAAGGCAGUGAAUACACCAAAAUGGCUUACAACUUGGAAAGAUGUUUUCACCGAGCAAUGAUGAAGCACUUCCCUGGUGAGGAUGGGGACACAGAUGAGGAGUUUUGGAUCAGAGAGGAUGGCAAGCGAGAGAAGAGGAGCCGUCGGACAGGGCGCUCCAGUGCUGGCAAUGUUUGGACCCGAUCAAGAGACCAUGAUGGACCAGGAAGGAGACAGCAACGCUUGGAGAAUGGAGGGAAACCACCGCCAUACCGAGCUACUUCCCGCAUUUCUGCUUCCUCCUCAUCUUCGUCCUCUUCUUCCUCUGCAGAGGACCCAAGUGGUAACACAACACAGCCUCCUCAAGAAGUGGGCCCUUCCAAUGGUCGAGGCUUCCCUCAUCCUCUGCAGUAUGGCGGAAUGCCCAACCAAGUGCCACAUCCUGGUCAGAUGCGGCCAGCAGUGCCAGGAACAUUUGGCCCUCUGAGAGGAUCAGAUCCAGCUAAGCUAUAUGGAUCACCCCGAGUACCAGAACCCCAUCCUGGAGAUCCAGUUCAGCAGCACCAGCACCAGCACUUUGCUAUGCAGCCUCCAGUUGGACUGAAUGAACACAGAGGACACAGACUGCCUGCACCUGAGAAGCAGGUGUGUGCAGGACCAACACACAUCUCCGCACUGGGAUCACGGCCUGGAUCCCUGCAGCUUGGGCAAAUGAGUGGCCCACCCCCUGAUGCCAUGUACCCCCCAGCACAGUUUCAGCAAGGCUUUAUCCCUCCAAGGCACAAUGGACCUCCCAUGAGACCUCCAGAGAGCUCAGAAAUCCCCCCUGGCCAUAUGUACAGACCAUAUAAAUACCUGAAUCGAGCACAUCCUGCUGUGUGGAAUGGAAGCCACAGUGCAGCAAACCAGGCCACCCUGGGGCCAGAUGAAAAGCCCCCCAUGGGCCCAGGACCUUCUCUGCAGCCCCGUGCUCUUAGUCAUAUGAUAGAUCCUCGGGCUAUGAGGCCACCUCUGCCUUCCAGCCAGUGGACUGAGCAAUCAAAUUUCCUACCUCAUGGGGUUCCUCCCUCAGGAUAUAUCAGACCACCUGGUAAAGCCACCAGCCAGAGGAUGCAGCAAUCACCAGCCACUGUGUUUGGGGGACCCCCUCAGGUUCAAAGAGGGUGCCAGGGUGGGGAUUCCAUGAUGGACAGUCCAGAGAUGAUCGCUAUGCAGCAGCUGUCAUCCCGGGUGUGCCCACCGGGUGUGCCUUACCACCCUCGUCAGCCUCCUCCCCCACACUUGCCUGGCCCUUUCCCACAGCUGGCCCACGUGGCAUCGGCCAAUGUGCAGCCCCCAAAGCCAGUGUUGGGUAAUGGAAAUGCUCAGGAUGCCAGUCAGACAGCAGAGCCGGAGAGCAACCAAGCAGCACCCCCUCCUGGAGGGGAAGAGAAGGGUCACUGCAUCAGUGUUGCAGAAGGGACGUACCCCAAACUGCUACCUCAUUCCAAACCCCCCCUGCAGAUGGACUGUACCAGACGGAGCUUGAUGCAAGAUGGGGAGGGUGAUAACUCUGGAACUAAAAUUGACCCGAAGGCAACACAGAGCAAGAGUUCCUGGCCAGCAGACAGCACCUACAGCAGCCCGGCAGGCCAGGGAUGUGUGAGGGACAUUGUGACAGCCUCUGAGAGAGGGCCUGUGCCUGAGAAUGGGGCUGUCGGUGAAGGGUCCUCCAGUGGCACUGAGGGAAAAGUACUGGCUGUUAGCAUCCUGGAGAAGCCCCUCUGCAGUGGGGGGAAGACUUUGCCAGAAGCAGCUCUGCCUUGUAUGGGACAGGGCACCAGUACUCCUGGUGUGGAUGGAGGCUCUGUGGGUGGGGCUACAAAUCAGUUUCCUUCGCUCUACAUGCCGGGCUUGGAGUAUCCAAAUUCAGCGGCACGUUACCAUAUCAAUCCAGGACUCCAAGGGUUCAACCCUGUGAUGGGGGGAAAGCAUCCCACCCCUGUGUCCCAUCCACAACACUUUCCAACUCGGGGCUUUCAGCCUAGUAACACCCACCCUGGUGUCUUUCCCCGGUAUCGCCACCAUCAGGGAAUGCCGUACCCCUAUCAGCCACAACCACCACCUUCCUACCACCACUACCAGCGCCCUCCUUACUAUACUUGCCCACAAGGCUACUCAGACUGGCAGAGACCUCUCCAUCCCCAGGCCAGCCCUAGUGGGCAUCCACCCAGCCAUCCAGCUCUGCCCAGGCCUGCCUUCUCUGACAGAGGGAGCAUGGAUAGUCUAGAUGGCUCUGAGGCAUUGAGCACUGCCCUGGUCUCCCCAAACCGAAUGGACAUGGCAAGCGCCAAAGAGGUUCCUCCAAGUGAUGGGCAGGAUCCAGGGCCAGAAGAUGAGAAGUCAGAAGACUCCCAGGAAAGGCCAGAGAGUCCCAAAGAGUUUCUUGAUUUGGACAACCACAAUGCAGCCACCAAGAGACAGAGCUCAGUGGCAGCAGGGGAGUUUCUGUAUGGGGCUCCCCCUCCACCUCUGAGUUCUGGGAUUGGAUUUGGUCCAUCUGCUUUCCCUCCCCAUGGGGUGAUGCUACAGUCUGGGUCUCCUUAUGCAUCUCGGCAUCCAGCCAGUCAUUUCCAACCCAGGGCCUAUGGACCGCCAGUAAAUGCUCACCUAUCUCAUCAUCCUGCCACUGGCCAGGCCAAUGGCCUAUCUCAGGAGGGACCCCUGUAUCGCUGCCGGGAAGAGAACAUGGGUCACUUUCAGGCCUUACUGAUGGAACAGAGAGGUAGUGGAAGUGGCAUGGGGGGACCACCCCAGGACAUGUAUAGACCACCGGGAAUGCAAAUGCAUCAGCCCCAAGCCCCCUUCCCGAAGGUGCCUAUAGCAGCUAUGUCCCGGGAGGAGCUGCCACCACAGAAACCAUCAGCAUUGCCUCUGGAUCAAAGCUAGUCCACAGAGGGAAGAGCCCUGAGAAAAUGAAAGCCACAUGUGAUUUGGACAAGGGGAAAAGGGUUGGACUCCACAACUCAUAGCAGCACAUAGCUUCCAGAGUCACGUGGAACAUGUUGCCAUGGUGGCUUUUGUGUUUUUAAACAUGGAGUAGUCGUGGGUCCAUGGCCAGCUGAAUGACUGAUCUCAACAGCAAAAGAAGCAUCUCAAACUGGUGGCUUUUCAAGACUGAGGACUGUCUCUUGUUCAGGGUUUGAAGGGUUUGGGUAGGGAGGUAUGGGGAUUGAAAUUUUCAUGAACUGCUAAACUCAGGUAUAUUUUUUCAGGGUGGAAGAGGAUGAUGAUGAUGGAAUUUACUUGUAGUAUUAAUGUGUGUGUUUGGAGCUGCAUCCAGUUUACAGAAUUUACCUGUUGCCUUUUUAAAUAAAUUUUUGUUGUUGGUGAA